AUGGCUUCGAGACAAACAGAAGUGUCUGCUCUUGAGCCUAGUAGGCCUCUAGGCAAGAUGUCCCUGCCCAUCAGGAUAUACCGCCAGGCAUUCUGCUAUGAUGAUGCUCUCGAGGACCCUAUGCCCAUGACUCCUCCUCCAUCACACAUGGGCAGCAUCACCUGGAUGCCAGUGAUUCCAGCGUGCAAGUAUCAGGAUCUUGCCCAAGUGGAGGAAGGACAGGCCAAUGUCUCCUCCCAUGUCCUGCCCAGGCCAUCGGCCAUUCACAGUGCGGACAAGUUCCCCGUGGCGAAGGCUAAAGCUACCCAUGUCAUCACGAGUUCUCUGAUCACAAAACAGACCCAGGAGAGCAUUCAGCAUUUUGAGCAAAAGGCAGGGCUGAGAGAUGUUGGCUACAUACCCCACAAGGGCCUCACCAUCAAGGAGACCAAAUACCUUCAAGUGGCAGAAGCGCUCCACAAAAUAAAGCUCCAGAGUGGAGAGAGAACAAGAGAGGAGAAGCAGCAGCCAGCCUCCACCCAGUCCACCCCAAGCAGCAGCCCCCACCCUUCCCCUAAACAGAAGCCCAGAGGCUGGUUCACUUCCAGUUCUUCCACAGCCUUACCUGGCCCCAAUCUUAGCACCAUGGAUUUUGGAAGCGGGGAUAAAGACAGAAGCUCAACAGAUAAAUGGAGCCUCUUUGGACCAAGAUCCCUCCAGAAGUCUGAUUCAGGAGGUUUUGCUGUCCAGACCUACAAAGGAGCCCAGAAGCCUUCUGCAAUGGAACUGAUUUGCACACAGGCCACCUGA